AUGGCAACAUCAAGAUCACAGGAUAAUUCAAAAUUAUUUAUUACUAUUCAAGAACGUUCACGAGAUAGACUUAACAAUAAGGAUUUGGAAUAUUCAUUAUCUUGUAUCUUUCGUACGUUAACAACUGAUCCAAAAACAAAUUGUGAAAUACUAGUUUAUGAACGUAAAAUAUCAAUCCAAGCCAAUGCUUUGAAUGAUGGUCUUCAACUUCACCUAUUCACAUUGGCUAGCACAACUUAUGGUUAUCGUCUCUCGGUAGAAGCUACCGAUAACAAUCAAAUCGAAUUUAUCUCUUGCUUCUAUUGCUUUAUCGUCCGUUGGAACGAUAAAGGCGAACAAUCUACGUCACUUAAACACAAUCAUCCUCAAAAUUAA